UGGCGUUCAAAGGCGGAGUAAACUGUGAGAAUAACAACCGGUGGCUCUGUGGACAAGCAGCACCUCUGUGGUCGACUGUACCUGGUUUGUCUGUCCCGUUCACACGUCCAGCAUGGCUUGGACCAAAUAUCAGCUGUUCCUUGCGGGACUGAUGCUCACAACCGGGUCUCUCAACACAUUAUCGGCAAAAUGGGCUGACAUGUUCUCAGCGAAAGGUUGCCAUGGCGAUCCUGAACAUUCAUUCUCCCACCCGUUCGUCCAGGCAGUGGGGAUGUUUCUGGGUGAGCUGAGCUGUCUCGCCGUCUUCUACAUCUUACUUUGCCAUGACAAACGUAGGCCACAGCCCACAAUGAACCCCGGCCAGAACUUCAACCCUCUCCUCUUCUUCCCACCCGCCAUGUGUGACAUGACAGCUACCUCCAUCAUGUAUGUUGCUCUCAACAUGACCAGCGCCUCCAGCUUCCAGAUGCUGCGUGGGGCCGUCAUCAUCUUCACCGGUCUGCUCUCUGUAGCGUUCCUGGGCCGACGCCUUGCACCCAGUCAGUGGAUCGGCAUCCUCAUGACCAUCCUCGGCCUGGUGAUCGUGGGCCUUGCCGACUUCUUCAGCGGGCACCACGAUGACGAGCACAAACUCAGUGACGUCAUCACGGGAGACCUUCUGAUCAUCAUGGCUCAGGUCAUUGUUUCAGUGCAAAUGGUCCUGGAGGAAAAGUUUGUCUAUAAGCACGAUGUCCAUCCACUUCGGGCCGUUGGUACUGAAGGUUUCUUUGGGUUCGUCGUACUGUCGCUGCUUCUCAUCCCAAUGUAUUUCAUCGGCGUUGGCGCGUUCAGCGACAACCCGCGCCACGUCCUCGAGGACGCGCUGGACGCCUUCUGUCAGAUCGGCCACAAGCCUCUCAUCCUGUUGGCUCUGCUGGGCAACACCGUCAGCAUCGCCUUCUUCAACUUCGCCGGGAUCAGCGUCACUAAAGAGAUCAGCGCCACCACCCGCAUGGUGCUGGACAGCCUGCGCACACUGGUCAUCUGGGUGGUGAGCCUGGGGCUGGGUUGGGAGCAGUUUCACGGCCUGCAGGUGCUCGGCUUCCUGGUCCUACUGGCGGGCACGGCGCUCUACAAUGGACUGCACCGCCCCCUGCUGGCCAGGUUACCGUGCUGUGCAAGGAUGGCGAGCGCAGUGGAGGAGAACGGCCAGGGGGAAAGAGAGAGACUGCUGGGAGACGGCAGGGUGCAGGCAGGCGACGAGAGCUAAAACAGACGGAGGUUGGACUGCCUGUCAGAAACACUGCACCUUUUAUGUAUGCUGUGCAUUUUAUAUUGUUUAUGGUCACAACUCAGAUUUUAACUGACCUCACACAGUGCUGUCAAAAGUUAAAGGAAUAGUUCAGCAUUUUGGGAAAUUGUACAGCCACACUGACAAGAGUAGUAUUUAAACUAACUGUGUAAAAAAAAUGAAAAGAAAAGAAGUUCCCAAAUUCCCAAACUAUUCCUUCAAAGAAACAGCUGGUAGAGAGCGACAUUGGCAGGAGCUUUUAUAAUAGAAUAUGUUGUUUAAUGGAUUCAGUCUAUUUGGACAUGGACAGUUCGGUCCUGUCCGUAUGAAACGAGACAAAAACAAUUAGAGCCAGUGUCAACAUUUGCUCCUGACCUUCUUUUGUUUUACUUUUUUUAUUUUUUUAUGGGAACUCAUACUGACAUGGUGCUAAAUCACUGAAGCGCAUGUUUAUGAAAAUCACACGAGAUACACAUGUGUAUUUAAUUUCCUUUAGAAGUUUUAUGCUGGUUUUCUUAAACAGAUUGUUACAUAUCUGUUAAUGAUUUUAAAAUGUGCUCAAAUGCUUGUCCCUCUGAGGUUUUAUUUUGAAAAUGUUGCUGACUGUGCCAAAGUUCUUUUUCAAUGUGUGCACUGUAAGAUAGUUAAAUUCCUUUGUCAUCAAAAUGCAGACACAUUUUCUUAACCUCAGUUCAGUUGAAAAGUGUUGAAGCUGUUUUAGAGGAACACGUUUGUAUAUUUGCUCUCUGAUUCCUGUUGAGUUAUUUGUACAAAUGUAUGAAACACUCAGAGCAACUGCACCAAGUGAAUUGCACUUGUGAUUGUAAAUCCUGCUUCUCCUUCUCGGUUUAGUAGUUUAGGGUGUUGGCUGUAACGUACAGUCAGAAAAAAGGGAACUGUCAUCGAUUAAAUCACACUUGUUAAAUGGUG